AUGGUCGCCAUCGAUGUCGCCCAGGCCUACGCCGAAGGACGCGUACCUACAAACAUAUCGUACAUCACGCCCGAAUACUUGAGCGAGUCGCGCGAUGGACCCGCCAUCACUGGAAUACUGGCAAUCUACAUCAUCACCACCAUUCUGCUCAUCUGCAGAUUUGCCUCUCGAAUCUUCAUCGUGAAGAGCGUCGGCCUCGAUGACUCCAUUGCAGCGUUCUCGUGGUUGUGCUUUACUGCUUUCAUGGCCCUCUGUUUGGUCCUGAUAUACGAAGGCAGCGGUCGGCAUAUCGAGUACAUUCAAUACGUCCUCACUUUGCCCGAGGUUGAGGAAACAGAAGUGGUCGACUACGCAGCCCAUCUGAUAUACACGGCCACCUUAUACUUCUGCCGACUGAGUGGUCUUGCCUUCUUUUCACGCCUUUGUAGCUCGCAUCCAACUUUCCGCAUCUCCAUCUGGGCGUGUGGAUUUUUCUUGACCGCAGCUUUCAUUGUGCAGUUCUUGCUCAUUCUUCUCCACUGCCUUCCAGUUACCGGACUCUGGCCUUACGCAUGGCAAACAACGGACAGGACCUACAAAUGUCUUAAUUGGGGCGUUGUCUACGUGACAAACUCAGGUCUGUCGCUCGUGAACGACAUUGUUCUGUUCAGCAUCCCGAUAGCAAUGAUUUCGAUCUUGCAACUUCCCAAGGGUCGUAAGAUAGUAUUGGCCCUCGUAUUGCUUCCGGGAACGCUCGUCAUUGGCAUAUCAUGCGCACGUCUCUGGCUUUGUGUCGUUGGCCAGUGGCGGACCGAUGGUUCAUGGUACUACGAUCCACAACUAGUCAUUGAGGUAGCAGAAAUCGGCGGAACACUGAUAGCUCUUUCGGUCCCCAGCUACAAACCAAUCCUGAGUAGAUGGUACGGUCAGAUGAAGAGUACUGUCGAGGUUUCCCGUGGACCAAACUCGAAGUACGGCGAGGGAGGAUCGAAUCGGAAGAGUUCGAUACCAGCGCUCUGGGGUCCGCAAGCAGCGGAAUCGAAGCUGAAGACAUCCAUCCAAAGUGGCGGGCAGACGACAGUGUCUAGACAGUCGUCAGAUAACAGCCUGCUCAGUCCAGACGACAACAUCUACGUGACGACGGACGUGGACAUGAGUUCGAUCCCCAUGGCGAGGCUUAGGACGAACAGUGUAAUCUUGUAA